UGCGUUUGCGGCACACUGCUGAGGCAAUCUGCCUGCGUGCGGUGCUUUUUCUUCGUUCCAAUGGCGUGUAGUGAGAGCGGGGUCGGUAGGAUUUUACUGUGUUUAGGACUUUUUGUGGUUGUUAGUUCGUUUUGCCGUUGUGCCACACUGACGAGGCUCAAGGCACUGGAUAAAUCAAGAGAAAACUCGACGCUUAGCCAAGGUCAAAGUAAAGGGAGUGGUCUGCGCCAUGGUAGACUCUACGUUGGGCAAAAUCCUCUGCAAGGUGCUAAACACAAAGGAACCAAGACCACAAAGAACCUCCUGGAUAUUGACAGUGAUUAUCAAGCAGAUAUGGGCUGGCCAGAGCUCAAGCAACCUAAAGGGCAGCAUGAAGAAUUUUUAAAACCGUGGCCAGACGAUGCAACAGUGGAACGUCUCCUUAAAAUGGAACCAAAGGUUGAAUGUACAGGAGACUCCAUGAAGCUUCAAGUCCAGGAUGCUGCUUCUACCCCUGGAUCUCUGUUCUUUGUGGACAGGGGAAGUCGCCUGUCUCCUCUUCCUCUGUCAAAGUUGCCACCAAGCUGUGGUUACACCAUCAGGUCAACACGGAGAGAUUUGGUCUUAGUUGCGCCCUAUGAUGGUUGCUUUGUUGCUCUUGAGGAGGACAGCUAUGUUCUCCCAUUGCGCUGGUGGGGAGUACCAGUGAGGAUGUCGUGCCCUGUGAUGAGGCCGUCUUCACCUAACCCUCCGAUGGUCACCUGCCAUGCUAAGGGCAUGGUUGUGAAAACAGAAUGGACGGUGUCUGUCUCUAAAAUUAAAGUAAAUUUGAAUGGUAACUGGGAGCCACUGAUGAAGGCUGCACCCAGAUGUGGGUUCAGUGUAAUUGAACAUCCUGAGGGUGUAGUCAUCUCUGUUCACUAUGCACCCUGCCUGGAGGCAAAGGAUGGCAUGUACACCCUUGAACUGGCUGGAGAAGGAGAAACUAAGAUUUCAUGUCCAUCACUGUCAGAAGCUCAAUCUGAAACCACAAAAGUUCCUGCAAAGGGUCCAAAACAGCCAGCUGAAACCCCAAGUCGUCAGUCUGCUGUUCCCCAGGCCCCAGGUUUUCCUCAGUAUCCAGAGGUACUUAGCAAGAAACCAGACGAACGGCCAAAGGAUAUCAUUCAACCUCAGUUACCUUACUAUCCUUUUUACCCCCAUUAUUUCUACCCUUAUCAAGUCACAAAAGCUCCACCUACUGUACAGACACUCCCAUUUCCUGUAACUAAGAAAAAUGAACUGCAAUCCCAGCAAACUGUCUAUCCUUCAAAUCUGCCAGUGGCCCCUGAGGGACAAGUGCCCCAGCCACUCAUUCCAUUUUACCAAUGGCCAGUCCAACCUGAAAAAGUGCCUGUUGAAAAAGAACCUCCUGUGCAGCCCCCAGCCACCCAACCACCUAAUCGUAAAGUGAAUGGCCCUUUUUACACUUAUCCAUACUAUUUGAAGCCCCUUAGCCCUGAUGUGCCUCCUGCACUCAGGCCUGAACUGAAACCUAAACCUACAUCUCCCCCAUUUAUUCAAGCCACCCAGGGCCAAAGGCAGCUACCUUACUACCCUUUUCCGUAUUAUCCUAAAUUACCUAAACCUGAAACUCCCUCUACCCAGGCACCAGUAACUAAACCACCGCCACAUAAGUGGGAUCAACAUGUACUUCCAUAUCCAUUUAUCCCCUCAUCUGGACCCCCUCAGAAACCUUUAGGACCACCUGCAAGCCAGCCUGGGGGCCAAGAACAGAAACCCUUUAUUCCAUUUUAUAUUUACCCUCAACCACCAGCUUCUGGAUAUUCCCAAGUAGAACAGCCAUCUCCUGAAAAACCAUUACCUGAAAAGACUGUGCCACCAGAACCCACAGUUCCUCAGAAACCUCAGGGACAAAUUUACCCGCCAUUCUACCAAUAUCCAUUUUACCCUCCGUUUUUGCCUCAAGGUCCUUAUCAGACACAGUUGCCACCCACACAGCAAACCCCUACACCAGCUCCAAAGGGCCAAAUACAACAACUUCCUAGUCCAUUGCAACCCGAAAUAUCUAAACCCCAAGUCCCUGGACACUUGUCACCCAGCAAACCAGCUCCAGAGAGCAAAGGGCCACCACAGCCUGAAGACCCGCGAGGUCAGGUACACCAAUAUCCCUACCCUCUCUAUCCUCAGCCAGACCCAGGUAAACAUCUGGCCUCUGUCCAACAACCUGAAGCCCCUUGGGGUCAAGUGCAUCCAAUGCCCUACCCCUACUACUUCUACCUGCAGCCAGAGCCUGAAAAACAGCCAGCUGAGAAGCCAGUGCAUAAACCUUCUCACCCACAACAACCAUCAAAGAUACCAGGUGCUGGAACAAAUGGUGCUAAAACACCCACUGGAAAGCCUGUCCCAAGUGAGCAGCCUCCAGGUGUCACACCACCAGAUGGCCAGAUCUAUAACGGUUUUAACCUGUUCUACCCACAGCAGCCCCAGCACCCUCAGCCUAUAACAUUACCCCCUACUACCUCCAUGCUGCAGCCACAACAGGUUGCCAUCACACAACCUGCUACUGGUGGUAUAGUCCCACAAGGCCCUCAACCAGCCCCUCCAUAUAUGCCCCCUUUGUACUGCCCUCAGUUUUGCCCAUCUGGAUUUUCUAAUUGCUGUCCACAAAUUGCUUUUCAUCAACAUCACCAUCAUAUUGUUCCAGCUGGACGUGGCAGUAAAGAUACUCCAGUCUAUCCGCAACUGUCAUUCCUUCCUUCACUGGCACAGUUUGGGUUCGGUUAUGGCUUGGGCACCGCUCCCCUUCCUCAAGAGCCAACUGAAGCAACAGCACAAGCUUUCACCUAUGCACCCAUUUCACUGCAGCCCCUCCCACCUGCAAAUGAAAAGCAGCCAUAUCUCCUGCCACCAGAUGGCAACCCUGCUGAACAAACGAGAAGUACUAUCAGGAAGCCUACAAGUCCUGAACCACCAGUUUAUCCCUAUUUUAUACCCAAUUCACUAUAUCCUAAAUGGCCAUUUCUACCACAAAACGAGAAAGUACAAAAUUUACCGCAAAGCCAAUCAGCAGCUCACUACAAUGUUCCGUCCAAUCCUCAGGCUCCAGUGGUGCAAUAUGAGCCGUAUUACAUACAGUCCCCAGAGCAGCAAAUGAGCAAACUGUCACCUGGGGACAUGAACAAUCCCUCUGGGCCUAAAUUCAUGUCUUAUCUCAGCCAAUAUCAGCAACAGGAGCAUGUACCAAACCAGCAACGUGAAUGGAGAGCCAAGAACCUACAGCCAUCAAACACAAAGCCACACAAAGAAUCUGAAAGGCUGACACAUUCUAAAGUCCAAAGUGAACUCAAACAUGUUAUGGUCCCUUACUACAUGCUUCAAGACGAUCAAGCUCCUGCUGAUAACUCCUCACAACCACAGGUGUUUUUGAGUGGCUCAGAGAAGUCCACCCAACAUGAACAGACUGACCAUCCCUCUUCUGAGCCAAAGAGUUUUGUGCUGCUAAAGCAUGGCCUGCCAGGUAGGGAGCUUAACAGUUUUGAUGACUCUCCUUUGCCUUUCAGAGAUCUGGUUCGUGACACAAACUUCCUGUCACAAAAUGUUGCUAAACCUCACAGCCGUAAACCAUCACAUUCUCAGAAUUUAAAACCCCUGCAUCCCAAAUGGCAGGGGGAAAUGUCCGGUCCUUUACCUGGUAAUAUCGACUACAUGCCGAGACCUGGUGAUAAAUCAGAAAGUUUGACAUUGCAUGCCUUUGCUUCGGAUCACCCUCAUUUUGUGCCUUUGCCCCAGGACCCUUCUGUUAGUGCAGUACAUUUAAGGCCUGAAUUCCCUGAGUCAUUGAAAGAUAUGUGGAAGCCCAUUACACCUCUAGGCACCCACCGAAGGAUUCCAGCCCACGUUCCUGGAAAGGCAUUUCAACGAUCGAGCUCUGCAGCAGACCACCAGGAUGGAAUCAACCCAUCCAUGGAGAGGGUGGAAAUCUGA